ACGUGCCGCGAGCAGCCGGCGAGGUGCGGGAGCGCCCCGCUCGCCGCUGCGGCACGCCUGGUGCUGCGCGCCGCCCGCCUCCGGCUGCCGCGCCGAUUCGCUUCGUGUCCGCCGGAGACGCGGUUUAUCGCUGGUGUAGCGAGCAGCAAGCCCUGCAGCCGCCGCGGAGGGGAGCACCGCUGGGCAGCCGCGCGCGGGCCGGACGGUGCCGGCGGGCUCGCAAAUGAAGUGCGAGAACUGUACCAAAAAGGAAUGCAGUAAAAAACAGAAAAAUGAUGAUAUGCAGAAUACAUCUGUUAAUACUUUGACUUCAAAUGCUGAAUUUGAAGAGAAAAAUGAUUUUUAUACUUUGGCUAACGCUAAAAUACUUCUUAGCGACUGCCUAGCUUGUGACAAUUGUAUGACAUCAGAAGAAGGAGUCAGAGUUUUCCAGCAGAAUCAGAAGGAGCUCUUUCGCAUACUUAACCUUAAUAAGAAAUGUGAUACCUCAAAACACAAAGUGUUGGCAGUGUCUGUAUGCCCUCAGUCAUUGCCUUAUUUUGCUGCUAAAUUCAGUCUCUCUGUGAAUGAUGCAGCCAGGAGACUCUGUGGUUUCCUCAAAAGUCUCGGGGUGCAUUAUGUAUUUGACACCACUAUAGCUGCCGAUUUCAGUAUCCUGGAGAGUCAGAGGGAAUUUGUGCAGCGGUAUCAACAGAGGAACCGGGAGGAGCAUGCCUUACCAAUGUUUGCCUCUGCUUGCCCUGGUUGGAUCCGUUAUGCUGAAAGGGUACUUACCAAUCUUGUGACCUCUCACAUUUGCACUGCAAAGUCUCCACAGCAGAUCAUGGGCUCCCUGGUGAAAGGCUAUUUUGCCAGGCAACAGAACUUGUCUCCUGAUAAAAUUUUCCAUGUAAUUGUGGCGCCUUGUUAUGACAAAAAAUUGGAAGCCUUGCGGGAAGAUUUCUACACUGCCUUGUAUAAUUCUCAAGAAGUCGAUUGUGUUCUAACAUCAGGUGAAAUUGUCCAAAUAAUGGAACAGAAAAAUGUGUCUAUGAAGGAUGUGACUGAAGUAGCUGUAGAUAGUUUGUUUGGUGAAAUAAAGGAGGGAGAAAUAGUAAGGCAUGAUGGGAAGACAUCUGAUGGUUACCUGGAGCACAUUUUUAAACAUGCUGCAAAGGAGCUUUUUGGCAUAGAUGUCAAAGAAAUCACCUACAAAGCGUUAAAGAACAAGGACUUUCAAGAAGUUACCCUUGAAAAAGAUGGUGAGACACUGCUGCGUUUUGCAGCAGCUUACGGCUUUAGAAAUAUCCAGAAUAUCGUUCUGAAGUUGAAAAAGGGAAAGUUUUCGUACCAUUUUGUAGAGGUCCUUGCCUGCCCAGGAGGGUGCUUAAAUGGAAAGGGUCAGGCCCAAACUGAAGAUGGAAAGCCGGAUAAAGCGCUGCUUAACCACAUGGAAGAAGUGUAUGCUGCAAUACCUGUUAAGCUUCCAGAAACCAACAUGCACGUACAAAAGAUAUACCAGGACUGGUUGGAAGGUAUGGACUCCAAGAAGGUGCAGGAAACUUUGCACACCAAAUACAGUGCAGUAAAUCAAACAGGAAACAAUCUGGAUAUCAAAUGGUAACAAACUUGCAGAAGACUUGCUUAGGUUAGUUACAGAUUCAGCACUGGAAACAUUCUAUGCAAUUGCAGAUGCUAUGCACUAGCUGAGUGAAUGAAUGAGAUGCUUUCCCUAGUUAUUUGUGAUGAACCAUUGCUUUUUUAAAAAAAAAAACAAAAUGAAAAAUCUCUGAAAGCCCUGAUUCCUGCCAUUGUCUGCUAACUCUUAUUGUGUGUAAUCUCCUGUGUACAGUGGAUUUCUCUGUUCAAAAUCACCAUCUUGCAAGGUACCUAAGUGCUUUCUGCCAGGUGCAAGGAGUGUAAUUCUUGGUGAAGCUACUCUAGAUUGAGGACUCCUUUCACUUGGAAACAGGCUGCCUCAAGAAGGCAAGAUCAUCUUAUUCCUAGGUACGCUAUCCCUUUCGUCAUGGGAGAACAGUCAUCAUGAAUUCUGAUGUUGUUGCAGUUGUUGUAUAGUAACCUGGGACUUACUUGCCUUGUUAACAAAAAAGAUCUUCUAGUGACAAGUACAUAUAUGGGGAAAUGUAAUGAAUUAAUUUAUGCCUUCUGUAUCCUUGUUUUAGUAAAAAUGGCUUAGUUACAAACCAGUGGCACCAUUCCCUACUGAUGCAACAUAUUGUAAGGAACAGGAUGCUUCACAUAAACUGAACUUUGGAAAAUAAUGCAUAGUGGUUAAAAUGCAAUUCUUAAUUAAAAACAGUGCAAAUAGGUUGGUACAAAAGGAAGGCCCCCUUCCACUCCCCCUUCAAUUUUCUUAUAAACUUACAGCUAGGAAGAAUGAGGCUGUCUACUUUGUCAGACUUCUUUAUGAAAGUACAGCAUUCACUGCUAGGUGAGCCUGGGCAUACAUACAACAGCUUUGGUAGAUUCAGCCUCAGCCAGAAUUGCAGCACUUCCAUCCUUGCAUGUUUUGGGUUCACAGAAUACCAUGUUGUAUUCAAAACUUAAAUUUAUCUCCAUAUUAAAAGACUUAGGGAAAUAUAAUGUCAUGGGUAACUAAAAAUACUAAAAAAGUAUUAGGCAAUGCUUGUGAGCUCAUCAAAGUUACUACACAUGGGAGUUACGAAUUUUGGUGCACUAGUUUUUGAGGCUGCUUGUCAGAGCAGUGUUCAAGAAUGGAUGAAAAUCAAGUUACUGUUAACUUCAGAUUUUCUGUGUAAUAUCAAAUUUAUUGUUGAUGAACAGCUGUUUAGAAACUAGGAAGGUUUCAGCUUCCUUUUCCAGGCUGAAAGUGCAGAUGGGCUUUUCUUAAUCAUUUCCAGAAGUGUUUGAAUGCAUCUUUGUAUAAAACUCUUAAUGGUGUAACUGCUUGUAUGUGCAAGAUCUAAUACUACGUGAGCCUGUGUAUGUUUGAAAUCAGCAUCUAACUCGCAUUCAGUGGAUAGGGUUAAGGCAUCAGCAAAAGCAAUGCAAGUUCUGGCACUGGCUUAAACAACAGAGGCUCAAGAGGGUAGGGAAAGAUUUAAGUGCAUUACUAUGAUGCCAAGAAAUAGAUCAAUGUGAAGCUGUUAAGAGUUGCAGCUUUGAAAUAAACUACCUUCAGUUAAAAAAUAAAACAUUUCACUUUGAGGGAUGUUCUCAUUCAAGUGCAUGAGUUUGACUACUCUAACUACCUGAAUGAAGACAGUGAAAUUAUACCCAUAAAUUAGCCUUUAUAAGUUAUGUUUCUUGUUUUAAUAAAAACAUUAUACUUAAAUGGUGCAAUAUCAAAAAAUCUACAGAAAUCUACCUCUGUACAGGAAGAGAGUCCAGAAAUCCUGGGAAGACCUAAAUAGGUGAAACCAUAAUAAGUAUCUGCUAAAGAAGGACAGUGGUGGUCAAUGAAUUUCUGAACAGACUACUUUCAGAAGCAGCAUGUAACUCCUUUGAUCUCAUUUGUUUUGUCUGUUUCCCUCAAAUUCCCCCAAAUUUCCUCAAAAAUUUCAAUAGAAUUAUCUUGUAAUAAAGUCCUGUUCUAUGCUUGAAUAGGCAUAUAUUUCUGUGUAUAUAUGGUUAUUAGCUUGAUAGCAUGUUUAAAUUAUUGCUUCAGUUCUUUAUAAAGUAUGCUUAUUUUUUAUGUGCAUAUACUGGAUAAAAUGGUACAAAAGUUCAGUUUGCUUUUCUGGUGAGAUGUUACUUUACUGAGCUACAAAAGAGGUACUCUACCCCUGAACGGCUUUAAAAAUACUUGUCUUCUGUAGCUGGCACUGGCUGCACAUGCUCUUUCUUGCCAUUGUGCUUGCCUUUUGCACUGAAGAGCCUCACUUCCCGUACUGAUGGAAGACCACAGGAAUGGGACAAUAGGUGAAAUAAAUAUAUCUACAAUACUAUGCUGAACUCUAUCUACAAGGGAAAGUUGGUGGCUCAAAGCAUAAAAUGAUUUUUUUUAUUAUUUUUUUCAGUUGAAUCCACUAAUGCUUCAUUUACUGAACAUUUUAAUCUAUUGAGGAAGUAGCAGUGUAAAAAUGUGUUAGAAUAUUUGCCUGCCACAAUAUUCUUUUAAGGACAAGGAAGGCAUCUAACUGAACAGCUUUUAGUGGGUAUGUGGAAUGUAUGUAUUAUAACUAGCGACUUAGGGUGAUUAAGACUUGGUCAGCUUCUCUGUUUUGUAAGACUCUUCGGAGUAAAACUGAUUUUUAAGCUUUUAAAACCCUCUUCUGUAAACAGCUAGUUUUGAAAAACCUUGUUCUCCUUAAGAGUCUUCCCUCUCUGCUUUCCUUCACUGCUUGUUUUUAAGAUAAAAAGUGGAAAACCUUGUUGCAGCUUCACAUAUAAUGAAGGACUUGCCUUGACUUGAUUCUGGCUUUUAAAUCUUCAUUCAGGAAGUUUAUCAUUGUUGAUAAUAUAUGUUUCUAGCCACACUGAAACUACAGCAUUGUUCAGUUUUUAUAAGAUUUUUCAGCAACUGAUGAUUUUCAUUGCUGAUAGCUUAUCAGCAACAAGUGAUGUUCCUAGGGUGGUCACAGCCAUAGUGCUUUACUUCUCAGUUGAAUGUUGUGCUGAGACAAUCUGUCUCUAGAUCUACUUUUAGAAAAGACUAAAUUGAAGAGAGUGAGUAGGGGAGAAUGACUUAAAAUGCUAAAUUGUAAUUUGGAAAUUGUGUUGGGGUAUUCCUGACUGCAGCAUAUCAAGUGGCAGAUACCUUGGGUCAUUCCCAGACUGCUGCCACAAGGGAUAGGCAUUGCAAAGUACUUUUGCCACAUCUUGCACAAUAAGUUUGUGUCAGCCACUGCACCUUGUAUUUGUUUGUCCGGUAGAGUUUACGAAGAUGGACGUGAGCUAUAAUAUCACUUAAAAUGAUGGAUGUAUCUGUAUGCAGCUGUCUUAAAUUGGUUAUAUUUGAAUAAUGUAAAUUUAGAUAAAAUUUGGUGCUUUGUAAUCAAAUGGAGCAUGACCAUGAAUUGUCCUAAUAAAUCAAUCUUGAUACUGAA